AUGUUUGCUAUACCUUGUACCAUUGGUGAUUUACAUGUUGAAAGUGUUAUGCUAGAUCUUGGAGCCUCAAUCAAUGUCAUGCCAUACUCGGUUUUUCAAUCUCUCAAUGUUGGACCUUUGGAAGAAACCGGAGUCAUCAUUCAAUUAGCGGACAACUCAAGUGUAUUUCCAAGAGGCGUGUUGGAGGAUGUACUAGUUCAAGUAAAUCAACUAGUAUUUCAUGUGGAUUUUUAUGUCAUUGACCUUCAAGAAAAGACUCCUUCCAAGUCAUCUAUGAUUCUCCUUGGAAGACCCUUCAUGAAUACCGCUCACACGAUUAUUGAUGUCCACAAUGGGAAGACCACCAUGGAGUUAGAUGGAGAGACCAUUCACUUCAACAUCUUUGAAGAAAUGAGAUAUCCUAGCAACAUAUAUCCAUUGUAUCGAGUUGAUGUGAUUGAGCCAAUCACCCAACAAUUAUUCGAGUUAUCAAAUGGGGAUCUUUUGAAGAUGGUGCUUAACAUGAGUCUUGAAGGUGAAAGUUUGAAGAAUACCUUGGAUUUGUAUACAUUGGAUUCCGAAGUUGAAGAUAUUGUGAAGGCUUUAGAAAUUUCUAAUUCCACAAAGAAGGAUGUUUCUCAAGUUGCCUUAUCUCUUCUCUGA